GCGAGCUGCUGAGCUAUCAGGCAUUACGUGGCAAAACAUAGGAAGAAAACCCGAGACGCUCAGCCAGAGGAACGGUGCGCGCCCAGGGAGAAGGUGGGACCGAGACCGGCAGCCUGAGGAACAGUGCGCGCCCAGCAGGGAACGCGGGCAUCUCCCGGACUGAGAGAGUGACUCUGGGAAAGUGGGUGAACAACUUGAGGGCUCAGACCUGCUGUUCGCCAGAAGGAACAGUAGGGAAGGAGACCGGGCGGAAGGCGGGGAAGAGGAAUUUUGUUGGGAGUCACCUUUGCUUCUGGUCUGGAGGAGCGUCAGAGAAAGCUCAGCAGGACCUCUGAUAACAGACUGGGGCCGCCCUGGAGGAGACAAGAGCUGGGCGGAAGGAUAGGAGCAUCAGCCAAGCGCUCUUGCAAGAUUAGAGGGGACAGCGGAAGGGGACGCCGGGCAGCCACAGCGCGCAGAGCUUCCUGGCCAGGGAGGAGCAAGGCUCCGCCGGCGCCGCCGCCGCCCCAGCCUGCGCGCCUCUGUCCGCGCGCGCGGCCGUCUGGCGCUCGGGAAGGCGAUCCUAGCGCCGCAGACUUCCCUCCCUGAGCCUGCACCUGCCGUCUUUCUCCUCAAUGCGCCAAUCAACAAUGGAUGGCAACUCUCUGCUUUUGGUACCAAGCCAUGUGGGUGGUUGAACCAAACCCUCCCACCUGCCUCUCUGCUGCCUUGCCUGCCAGGAGACACUCCCAGGAAUCCAGCACCUUGGAGUCGCCACUGAUGCAUGAAGUUUCAGAUCCUCAGCAGGGCAAAGGCCACGGCAGCUCGGGAAGCAGCCUGGGUGGCUCUAUCACCGCGUGUAAGAAGGUUCUUCGCAGCAACAGCUUGCUUGAGUCAACAGACUACUGGUUGCAGAACCAGAGGACGCCCUGCCAAAUUGGUUUUGUAGAAGACAAGUCGGAAAACUGUGCUUCUGUCUGCUUCGUGAACCUGGAUGUGAACAAGGAUGAGAGCAGCACUGGGCACCUGCAGCAGAAAUUGGUCAACAUUUCACCAGAUCUUCCAAAACUUAUCACCUCCAUGAAUGUCCAACAGCCAAAGGAAAAUGAAAUUGUCCUCCUAAGUGGAUUAGCAUCGGGCAAUCUCCAAGCAGAUUUUGAAGUUUCACAGUGCCCUUGGCUGCCAGAUAUCUGCUUGGUCCAAUGUGCAAGAGGUAACAGACCCAACAGUACUAAUUGCAUCAUUUUCGAAAUCAACAAAUUUUUGAUUGGUCUGGAACUGGUGCAGGAGCGGCAGCUCCACCUGGAAACAAACAUCUUGAAACUGGAGGAUGACACAAACUGCUCCUUGUCCUCAAUCGAGGAAGACUUUCUCACCGCAUCUGAGCACUUGGAAGAGGAGAGCGAGGCAGAAGAAUCCAGGAAUGGUUAUGAAAAUAUAAACAUCUCAGCCAACGUUUUGGAGAGUAAAAAUUCAAAGGAAUCUGCCCAGGAGGAAUGGAAUUACAAGGCAACGUUGCUUCAUGCUUUGGAAGACAAAUACAUUGGCAAAUAUCAUACACCGUUGAUUAAAACAGAAAGAUCUCAGGAAAACCCGGCAGAGAAGUCAUCCUUGCAGAGUCUAGACUCCUCAGCAAAGCCUUUACAGGGGCAAGGUGAAACUGUGGGGAAUGAGAGACAAGCUACACCUUAUUAUUCAGAAAAUCUUAAAGGUCAAGUGGAAAAAUCACAGGCAUUGCAUAUUCCAAGUGAUGCUUAUUUCUCCAUGAUGGUUAAAGAUGUACCUUCUGCAUCGGACACUGUCACUGAGCAGAGCAGCGACCUGUACCCAGGAGACCAGGAAGAUGCAAGGAACUCUCUUCCUUCUGUGCAAGAUGGAGAAGUCACUACUGGAGACUACGCUACAAAUUUAGCAGAAUCCGUGCUGCAAGAUGCAUUCAUUAGAUUAUCUCACUCCCAGCCUAUCCUGCCCCAGGAACCUGCCAUCUGUGUAUCUGGAGGAAGUGCUCUGCUUCCCAGUUGCUGUUCCACAAAAGAUACCAUGGUCUCUCAGUCAUGGAACGAGCUCCCCAAAAUUGUCAUUGUUCAGAGUCCAGAUGGCAGUGACACUAUGCUGGACCCAGGCAUCUCUUCCUGGCCUGAGCCAGAAGUCCCUGUAGAAACCUCAGACAACUCCAGCAGACACACCCAGAGUGCUCUAGAAGUAGCAUUAGCCUGUGCAGCCACUGUGAUUGGAACCAUUUCCAGUCCUCAGGCCACAGAAAGACUCAAAAUGGAGCAAGAGGCCGUGGCAUCAAACCUACCACUGGGUGGCAGUGCAGCUCUGCAAACUCAAGCAUCCCAGGAAGCCAAGGAUCCUCCCAUCAGCGAUUAUUCCUUUCCUUCUGCUUUGUGUGGCAUGACUCAGGUAGCCAGUGCCAUUGCUGUCUGCGGCCUGAGUGAAAGAGAAGAGGGGACAUGCCCUGUGGCUCCAAGUGGCUUCUUACCUGCAGCUGAAGAUUCUGAAGCAACCCCGCCACUUUAUAGUUUAACAACAGGGAGAGGCGUGGAGCUGGGGAAGGAAGCCAUUGUGGAGGGGCUGCUCAAGGAGGCUGCUCGGGUUUUGACAAGGCCUAACACCUGCGGCAGCAUUGGGGAUUUCAUGGAAUCCAUGAACAGGAGAAUCAUAGAAACUGCUUCAAAGCCUCAGACCCUAUGCUCAGAAAACGUCCUCAGGAAUGAACUGGCGCAGACCCUGUCCAAUGUCAUCCUGAAGCAUUCCAUUGACGAAGUUCACCAGAAAAAUAAGAUGAUGGACCCCUCCGACAGCAGGCAUUCCACAGAAGUUCUGGACACCUUAGUGGAAAGUACAAAUCAACUGCUCUUCGAUGUGAUAUGCUUCACCUUCAAGAAGAUGAGCCACAUUGUGCAACUCGGGGAACGCCCCGCGGUCCUCUCCAAGGAGGCGGAGGGAGGUGUCCAGCCACCUGCUCAAGCUGCUGGGCAAGCAGAGACAAAAGCCACUGAAGGCUCCAGCUGCUGCCCACUCAGCAGUGCACACGGCACCCGUCUGGUCACCGACCAUCUUGUGGACGCGCAUCCAAAACAAGACCACAAGGGUGGCUUGAGGCCAAGUUUCUUCCAGAACCCCACGCUGCAGUCUGAAUUAUCAUGUAGCCACAGACAGCCCAACUCUUUAGCUACGAAAACAUCCCCCAAGGAAAUAUAUCUGAAGAAAACGGUGACAGAGGACACAAAAUGCCCUCAUCAGACACCCAGGCGUGGUGAGAAGGAACGCAGAGCCUCUUUUCAAGCUGACUGGUCACUGGCAGGGGGCCAGUGCAGAAGCUGUUCCCAGGAUGCCGAGGACGGUAUCAGCCCAGACACCCAGGAAAAGUGUCACUGUGCCACCCUAAUAAACCAAGAGGCUCGAGUUCACCUGUCCUUGUCGGGGGAUGACCUGCAGCUUCCUGCUCAGUCCGCGCCUCCAGCGAAGCCCGCAGACGUCUACCGCAUCGCAGACUUUGCCGAGGAGUUGGCCGAGACCGUGGUUUCCAUGGCAACCGAAAUCGCAGCGAUUUGCCUGGAGAACUCCAGCGGAAAGCAACCUUGGUUUUGCGCGUGGAAAAGAGGGAGCGAGUUUCCGGUCACCCCUUGCCGAACCUUGAAAAGGAAGAAGGAAAGCCCGACGGGGGCGGCUUCUGUGAGGAAACACAAGCCUCCCCGGCUCAGUGAGAUCAAGAGGAAGACGGACGAGCACCCCGAGCUCAAGGAGAAGCUGAUGAACAGGGUCGUGGACGAAUCUGUGAACCUCGAGGACGUCCCGGAUUCCGUCAAUAGUUUUGCAAACGAAGUGGCAGCCAAGAUCAUGAACCUAACGGAGUUCUCCAUGGUGGACGGUGUGUGGCAAGCCCAGAGCUAUCCCCGGAGUCGGUUCCUGGGCGGUGGCGACAGGUGGAGCCGGAUGAAGGCGUCCAGCUGCGAAAGCAUUCCCGAGGAGGCCUCGGAGGCCAGGGUCCGCGUCGGCAGCCUGGGGCUGAUGAGCACCUUAAGCCAGCCGGUCAGCAGGGCCAGCUCCGUCUCCAAACAGUCCAGCUGCGAGAGCAUCACGGAUGAGUUUUCCAGGUUCAUGGUGAACCAGAUGGAAAGCGAAGGGAGAGGAUUUGAGUUGCUGCUGGAUUACUACGCCGGCAAGAACGCCAGCAGCAUCCUGAGCUCCGCCAUACAACAGGCAUGCCGGAAAAGCGACCACCUGGACGUGAGGCCGAGCUGUCCCUCCAAGCAGUCCAGCACGGAGAGCAUCACCGAGGAGUUCUACAGGUACAUGCUGAGGGACAUGGAGAGGGAUAGCAGGGACAGCGCCUCCUCCAGACGCAGCAGCCAGGACUGGACGGCGGGCCUACUGUCUCCCUCGCUGCGAUCCCCGCUGUGGUACAGACAGUCGUCCGUGCCGGACAGCAGGUCCCCCUGUGCCGGCUUAACAGUCAGUGCUCCCGUCAAAGCUAACUCCUUGGAUGGCUUUGCUCAGAGCUGCCCACAAGAUUUCCUAAACGUACAGCAGGUCGGUGGCACGUCCUCGUCCGGUCUCUGCAAAUCUGACUCUUGCUUGUAUCGGAGAGGCGGGACUGAUCACGUCACAAAUAUGUUAAUUCACGAAACGUGGGCAAGCUCAAUUAAGGCCCUCAUGCGCAAGAACAAAAUUAUCGUGGAUGACGCGGAGGCAGCUGAUGCUGAGCCGACUUCCAGCACCUGUCAAGGGCAGAAGUGUGUGAAUCCCUCAGCUGCAGGCAGGGGCUGCAGUGGGCCAGCCCUGCUGGUUCAGGAGUCUGGGGGUUACCGGAGGAAAGACUCUGCUACUGAAAGCAAACAUCUCUCAGUGUCGUCUCUGAGCCAAACUGCUCCUCUUACGAGCCACAACAGUUUGGAUUGCAGAAAGGAAACUUCCUCGUACUGUGAUGCUGUCCCUCCGAACCACACCAGACAAUCACUUUGCUCAAGGGAAGUGCCUUUGAUUCAGGUUGAAACAGAUCAGAAAGAAGCCUGUGCUGGGGAAACUGAGCACUUCCUUUCCAAAAGCAGCCCCGUGAAGGAAGCAGAAGAUCGUCUGAAUGAAGAAAAAGUCCCAGAUACUGUGAGAGGGGCAGAUGCGGGUGUGAGCACCUGCGAAAAGCAUGGUGACAGCCUUGAUGCCAGAGACGUGCCAGAAACUGAAAUAUCUACAAAUGCCAGAGCCCCAGAUGGGAUCCCCAACCCUCCCAGCGGCAGUGAAGAGAGCACAGGCAGCUGGUCCCAGCUGGCCACCGAGGAUGACAACCCAGAUGACACGAGCAGCUUUCUGCAGCUCAGUGAGCGAUCCCUGAGCAAUGGCAACAGUAGUGCCACUAGCAGUCUUGGCAUUAUGGACCUGGACAUUUAUCAGGAAAGCAUGCCAUCUUCUCCCAUGAUUAAUGAAUUAGUAGAAGAAAAGGAGAUUCUUAAAGGACAGUCAGAAAACAUAGAGGAAAGUGCCUCUGAACUGCCAGUGGGAGGAGCCGGCCACCAGAGGAAUCUGCUGGUGAUCAACUUUGACCUGGAGCCAGAGUGUCCUGAUGCUGAGCUUCGAGCCACUCUGCAGUGGAUAGCCGCCUCCGAACUCGGGAUUCCCACCAUCUACUUUAAGAAAUCUCAGGAAAACAGAAUUGAAAAGUUUCUAGACGUUGUGCGGCUGGUCCAUCAGAAGUCCUGGAAGGUGGGGGAUAUCUUUCACGCAGUUGUCCAGUACUGCAAAAUGCAUGAGGAACAGAAGGAUGGGCACCUGAGUCUCUUUGACUGGCUCUUGGAACUGGGAUAAGAAAGGAGCAAUCCUUCCCUUUACUCCAGCUUACAUUACAGUGGUUUGUUCUUAAUGCUCUAAAUGUUCUCAAAACAUCACAUCACCUUAGCAGAGCUGUAAAAAAAAAUCUGCUACUCAAGUUCACUGCACACGGAAUAAAUCUAAGGAAAAGCAAAAUAUAGGUCUAUCCAAAUCUGUACAACCUGUGGGUGAGUCCCAAAGAGCUUGGAUUAGAAAGGCUGGAUAAAGAGAAACCUCAUUAUGAGGUCUAAACCCCCGAAAAGCUGCACUCAUGUAUGUUGAAUCAUAUAUAAUGUCUCCAGCUAGGUAAAUUAACUGAAAACAGCUGGACAUAGACCCUCCAUAUUAUCCUGUAACUAUAUCCUGUAUAGUUUACUUUUCUGAGUAUAUGAAGGGCAUGCCAGCCCAGGGAAACAAUAAAGAUAUCAAUAAGAAAUUCCCAGGCCUUCAUAUAAAAGACUUCCACUUUAGACCAGUUUCAGUGGCUAUUGAUAAAGGUAUACCAGUGUCCUAAGCUGAGGUGAUCUCAUUUAUUUGCUAUAAUCCUCUGAUAAAUAUCUCACUUCUGCCCAACAAUACCCAGCUCCUACAUAGCCAAGAAACUGUUAGCAUUCAAUGGAGGGAGAAGAAUAUUGAAGAUAUUGCAGGUCCUGUUCCCAACACCACAUUACUUGGAUAAAGUGAUUACAGAAUUCUUACCCUGAAGAAAGCUUUCUUACUUAAAAAAAAAAAAAAAAGUAUUUUGAGAUUAAAUCUACUUGUGUAUGGAAGUAUAUAAAAUAGAAACUUUUACUUUAGUUCAUUGUAAAUUAUGAAAGAGAUUGUUAUCUUAAAUAAUAUAUUGAGUUAGCUUAGAGCUUCAUAAAAUAUGAAGAAAUUGUUGCCUAAAGUCAUAUAAUGACACUGAGCUCAGAGGUUUGUUUCACUCGGAACGUGCUGGUUCUGGUACAGCAGACAUGCUAUUCCAAUGACGCUAAAAGGUGGAGGCAGAGUAACAGGCUCAUGUUUGACGUGGCCAGUAAGGAUCCCACACCGUCCCUGAUUGGAAGAUAUUAGCAUUCAUCUUGGGGGAAGAAGACGUCAUCACUUCAAUAUUUAAGUACAUGAAUAAUAGAGAUUCACUCUUUUGGAAAAUAAAGGUAUCUACUGUACCCUAGUAAGUCUUCCUUCCAAGUAAAUGGACCACACUGACUUUUAAUUUCUUGAUCAAAGAUGUGUUUAUUAAGGAUUUUCAGAAAUACCAUACUUUUACUCUAUUUUUAAAGAUUGUGAAGAAAUGUUAAAUGUGAACAAAUCAGUGCUGGUCUCAAGUGAUCUACCAUCCAAAUUUUGAAACACCAAGAAAGCGUCUUGGUAAGCUUUUCUUCCCCCCCCCCUCAGCCACUCAGCAUUAAGCAUUUAUUAUACAAACAGUCCAAAUUUAGGUAGUAUAUUUAAUUUGGCACAUUAACAAAAUGUCAAAUUUUAAAAUAUAUCCAUCAUCUCAAACUGAAAUAUGCUUCUUUGUGCUUAAAACAAUGAAAAAGGAUAUAUUUAUUUUUUAAACAAUCCCAGAAUAUUGUGUUUAGACCUUUCUUGUGCUUGAAUAAAUGUUUACUUAUCUUACAAAGCACAAAUACUGUAUUGUGACAUGUGAUGAAGUUAUCUAUGUUGUACCUAAUGUUGCAAACUAAUCAAUAAAUUUCUGUUGUCAAA